CACUGACUGCCUGCCCGUACGCUGGCACACACAGUUCCAGGCACUGCCAACACGGAGAGAGAGCUGUGCCUCCGGCCUUCCCUCGUCACCAAGUCUACUGAGCCACUCUGGAUACCACUGAUCGUCUUAGUAACCGGAUGGCAAACAACCAAAUGCAGAUAACCAUUAUUCUUCGUCUUCUCUAUCGAACAUGAAGCCCUUUGCUCGGGGCUAAGAGGAGAGGGGAUUUUCCUCGUCUUGGUUUUUGUGGAAUUGGGAGGGUAUUAAUUCUGUGUCUGUCGUGAGGUGACAUCUUGAGAUGCUGACAGGACACCUGGAGAAGAACAGCAGGGCUGGCUUUGGCCGGACGAAGCCGCUCAAGAUGAACAUGGUGAAGAGGAUCAUGGGUAGGCCGCGGCAGGAGGAGUGUAGCCCGCAAGACAAUGCACUUGGCCUCAUGCACCUCAGACGCCUCUUCUCAGAGCUCUGCCACCCUCCACGUCACAUGACCCAGAAGGAGCAGGAGGAGAAACUCUACAUGAUGCUGCCCGUCUUCAACAGGGUGUUUGGUAACGCUCCCCCCAGCACCAUGACAGAGAAGUUCCAGGACCUCCUCCAGUUCACUACCCAGGUGUCCCGGCUCAUGGUCACGGAGAUCAGGCGGAGGGCCUCCAACAAGUCCACAGAGGCAGCCAGUAGAGCCAUCGUCCAGUUCCUGGAGGUGAACCACAGUGAAGAGGCGUCACGUGGCUGGAUGCUACUGACCACCAUCAACCUGCUAGCAUCCUCCGGACAGAAAACAGUGGACUGCAUGACCACCAUGUCGGUGCCCUCCACCCUGGUGAAGUGCCUGUAUCUGUUCUUUGACCUUCCUCACAUGGCCGAGGCUCCUGGGGCCUCACAGACCCAGACCUCAGAGCUGCCCCAGGCUGACCGUCGGGCCCUGCUGCAGAAGGUCUUCGCACAGAUCCUGGUGAAGCUGUGUAGCUUUGUCUCUCCGGCGGAGGAACUGGCCCAGAAAGACGAUCUCCAGCUACUCUUCUCUGCCAUCACGUCCUGGUGCCCCCCCCACAACCUGCCCUGGAGGAAGAGCGCCGGCCAGGUCCUCACCACCAUCUCACGACACGGACUCAGCGUCAACGUCAUCAAGUAUAUCCACGAGAAAGAGUGCCUGGCCACAUGUAUCCAGAACAUGCAGCAGUCAGAUGACCUCUCACCCCUGGAGAUCGUAGAGAUGUUUGCCGGUCUGUCCUGCUUCCUGAAGGACUCCAGCGAUGUCUCCCAGACCCUGCUGGACGACUUCAGGAUGUGUCAGGGAUACACGUUCCUCUGUGACCUCAUGCUCAGAUUGGAGCAGGCCAAAGAGGAGGACAGCAGUGACGCUCUGAAGGAUCUGGUCAACCUAGUGACUCUUCUGACCACCUAUGGCGUGACGGAUCUCAAACCGGCCGGUCUCACCACUGGAGCCCCUUUCCUGCUGCCCGGCUUCGUCCUCCCACAGCCUUCUGGGAAAGGCCACACGGUGAGGAACCUCCAGUCCUUCUCCGUCCUACAGAAUGCCUUCCUGAGGGCAAAGACGUCACGGCUGACCGGCACGCUGCUGGACGCCAUCGGCAACAUCUACGCCGCCGACCACGCCAACUACUUCAUCCUGGAGGCACAACACACACUCUCACAGUUCGCUGACAAGGUGGCCAAGCUGCCAGAUGCCCAGACAAAGUACUUUGACCUGUUGGAGUUUGUAGUGUUCAGUCUGAACUAUGUUCCCUGUAAGGAGCUGUUCAGUGUCAGCGUCCUGCUGAAGGGCUCUACGUCAUACACCUGCAGUAUCACAGCCACCAGGACUCUGUUGAAGUUGAGUCGUCAUGACGCGGUGUUCAGUGAUGUGUUGAGAGAGGUGGGGCUUCUGGAGGUGCUGGUUAACCUCCUGCAUAAAUACGCUGCCUUGCUCAAAGACCCCGCAACGCAACAACAGACUCAGUCACAGAACAACGAACAAGGUGACUGUAAGAACAGCAGUGUAGCGGAGGAACAGAAACAGUUAGCUUGGCUGGUCAUGGAGACGCUGACUGUCCUGCUGCAAGGCUCCAACACUAACGCAGGUCUGUUCAGAGAGUUUGGAGGGGCGCGGUGUGUCCACAACAUAGUGAAGUAUGAUCAGUGCAGGGAACAUGCUCUGAUGAUCAUUCAGCAGCUGGUUCUGUCCUCCAGCGGAGAUGAUGACAUGGGCACGCUACUGGGUCUGAUGCACUCUGCCUCGUCCACCGAGCUACAGCUCAAAACAGACAUACUACAGACUCUCCUGGCUGUGCUGAGAGAAAGCCAUCGCACACGGACAGUCUUCCGGAAGGUCGGGGGCUUUGUGUAUGUGACGUCCCUACUCGUUGCCAUGGAGCGCUCUCUGUGUCAGCCGCCGUGUCACGGGUGGGAACGGGCCAAUCAGAACCAAGUGUUUGAGCUCCUCCACACCGUCUUCUGCACGUUGACCGCUGCCAUGCGCUACGAACCCGCCAACUCACACUUCUUCAGGACGGAGAUCCAGUAUGAAAAACUGGCAGACGCUGUCAGGCUGCUGGGUUGUUUCUCUGAGGCCAAGAAGGUUGGAGUCACGGGAGUGUUCCCUUCCAACGCCCAGCCCUUCCUGAGGCUGCUGGAGGACGACGGGGUUGCAGCCGGAGCAGGGGGCGGGACCGGGGACAACAUCUGCCCCACCCUCAAACACUGCAGCAAGCUCUUCAUCUACCUUCAUAAGAUGGCCACCGACUCCUUCGACAGUCGUGCGGAGCAGGUUCCCCCCUGCCUCACUCACGAGACCUCCCUGCCAUCCCCCUGGGGUACGCCAGCGCUCGCCAGGAAGAGGCACGGCUACCAGGGCACAUCAGGCCCCCCUGCAGGGGUCCGAGCCUUGACGGACCUAAACAUGAAACUACAACUGGCCAACUCUUCCUCCUCGUCGGACUCGGUGGUCAUCCACCCUGGGGCGGGGCUAGCAAUGCUGGACCUGCUGGCCUCCGUCAGCUCCGACAGCCAACCAGAGCAUGCUCUGGACCUUCAGCUAGCAGUAGCUAACAUCCUGCAGCUGCUGGUCCACAGUGAGAGAAACCAGCAGAUCCUGUGUGAAGCAGGUCUCCACAGCAGACUACUGCAGCGCUGCAGCCUGGCCCUGGGAGACGAGGAACACCCCCUACACCCACCACUGCAGAGGAUGUUUGAGAGGCUGGCCUCACAGGCCCUGCAGCCUAUGGCCCUGAGAGAGUUCCUCCGGCUGGGAAACCCUCUCAACUGUGGAGCCUGGGACAAGAAGCUGCUCAAACAGUAUCGCGUCCACAAACCCUCCUCCCUGAGCUACGACGCAGAGAUGAGAAACUCUAUGACUAUAUCGAUGGAAGGCUGUUUUGGUCCCGACACCGUGUUCCCAGCGGCCGGUGAAGACAACAGUCAGUACCGGAUCAGCCGUAGCCUGGUGCGCUCGGCCGAGGGGAGCACCGUGCCGCUCACACGGGUCAAGUGCCUGGUCUCCAUGACAACGCCCCACGACAUCCGCCUUCACGGCUCGGCCGUCACUCCAGCCUUCGUGGAGUUUGACACCUCGCUGGAGGGCUUUGGGUGUCUUUUCCAGCCAAGCCUGGCUCCUCACAACGCUCCCUCUAACAAUGCCAACACAGGAGGAGUCAGCGAUGGAGCCGUGGUCUCUGGGAUUGGAGCAGGAGAGCGCCUGUUCCCCCCUCCGUCUGGUCUAAGCUACUCUACGUGGUUCUGUGUGGAGAGGUUCAGCUCUGCCCCCCACACCCACCCUGUCCGUCUGCUGACGGUGGUCCGACGGGCCACAUCCUCAGAACAACACUAUAUCUGUCUGGCCGUGGUUCUGUCUGCUAAGGACCGGUCCCUGACGGUGUCUACCAAGGAGGAGCUGCUGCAGAGCUAUGUGGAUGAUUUCAGCGAGGAGUCUUCGUUCUUCGAGGUUCUGCCCUGCUGUGCCAGGUUCCGCUGCAGAGAGCUGAUCGUGGAGGGUCAGUGGCACCACCUGCUGUUAGUCAUGAGUAAAGGCAUGUUGAAAAACAGCAUGGCCACGCUGUACAUCGACGGACAACUGUUCCAAACCACCAAGCUCCACUACAUCCACAGUUCUCCUGGUGGUUCCGGGAGCACCAACCCCCCUGUGGUCAGCACCGUGUACAGCUACAUAGGCACGCCCCCUGCCCAGAGACAGCUGUCCAAUCUGGUGUGGCGCCUGGGGCCCACACACUUCCUGGAGGAGGGGCUUCCUGCUGCCAGCGUCGCGGCGGUGUACGAGCUCGGACCCAACUACACAGGCAGCUUUCAGGCCGUCUACCUGCUCUGUAAAGACUCCAAGACUGGAGAGCCUUCAUGUCCAGUCGCCCUGGUCCCAGAGGAGAAGGUAUCCUUCAGCCUGUACGCCCUCUCUGUCUCUGCCCUCACCGUGGCCAAGAUACGCAAGGUCUACAACAAGCUGGACAGCAAAGCCAUCGCUAAACAGUUGGCUGUGUCGUCUCAUGAGAAUGCCACUCCGGUCAAGCUGAUCCACAAUGCGGCUGGUCACCUCAACGGUCCAGCACGCACCAUAGGAGCAGCUGUCAUUGGAUACCUGGGUGUGCGUGCGUUCGUCCCCAAGCCUGUGGCGACUAACCUGCAGUACGUAGGCGGGGCGGCGGCCAUUUUGGGCCUGGUUGCCAUGGCGCAGGACGUUGAGGGUCUCUACGCGGCCGUCAAGGCGAUGGUGUGCGUCGUCAAGAGCAACCCGCUGGCCAGCAAGGAGAUGGAGCGCAUCAAAGGCUACCAGCUGCUGGCCAUGUUGUUGAAGAAGAAGCGUCACCUGCUCAAUAGCCACAUCCUGCACCUGACCUUCUCCCUGGUGGGAACAGUAGACAGCGGCCACGAGACCUCCAUCAUCCCCAACACCACCGCCUUCCAGGACCUGCUCUGUGACUUCGAGGUGUGGCUCCAUGCACCCUACGAACUGCACCUGUCCCUGUUUGAACACUUUAUAGAGCUCCUCACUGAGUCCAGUGAGGCAGCGAAGAACGCUAAGUUGUUACGAGAGCUCCAGCUGAUUCCCAAGCUGCUGUUAACCCUGAGAGACACGUCUCUGUCUCAGCCCACCAUCUCUGCUAUCAGCAACGUUUUGAGUCUGCUACUGCAAGGGUUCCCCAACCCAUACGACCUGCUACGGUUUGGCCAGUUCAUCUCAUCCACCCUGCCAACCUUUGCUGUGUGUGAGAAGUUUGUAGUGAUGGAGGUCAACAACGAGGAGAAGAUAGAUGGAGGUAAUGAUGAAGACCUUGGGGGUCUUCUAUCGGCCAACCUGAUCCUGUUGAGGAACAGACUGCUAGACAUCCUUCUCAAACUGCUCUUCACCACCAAGGAGAAAUGCACCGUCAACGCACAGGCAUGUGAGGAGUUGGUGCGUACCCUGGGCUUCGACUGGUUGUUGAUGUUCACGGAGGAGCACCUCCACUCCAGCAGUGUGACAGCAGCUCUGUGGAUCCUGGUGGUUCUCCUCAGUAACCAGCCCAUACUGACCAGGUUCAAGGAGGGACUGACCGGAGGCGAAUGGCUGGACCACACCGACUCUGUCCUCACCAACAAGAUCGGCACCGUGAUGGGCUUCAACGUGGGCCGCAGCGCCGGCGGUCGCUCCACGCUACGGGAGAUCAACCGAGACGCCUGCCAUUUCCCAGGGUUCCCUGUUCUGCAGACGCUGCUGCCGAAACACACCAACGUCCCCGAGCUCUACUUCCUGCUGAUGGCCCUGUUCCUGCAACAACCCGUCACAGAGCUGCCGGACAGCCUCCAGGUACAUUUUGACCUGGACUCUAUCUGGACCUUUAUCUUUGGGGUCCCUGCUUCCAGCGCCACCAUAGUGGCAUCCAUCCACAGUGUCUGCACCGAGGCUGGCUUCCUGUUACUGGGGAUGCUGAGGAGCAUGCUCAACCUGCCGUGGCAGUCUGAGGAAGAGGGUUCGUGGCUGAGGGAGUACCCGGUGACUCUGAUGCAGUUCUUCAGGUACCUGUAUCACAACGUCCCAGACCUGGCCCCAAUGUGGCACAGCCCAGAGUUCCUGUGUGUGCUGGCUGCCUCAGUCUUCCCCUUCAACAUCAGGCCCUACUCUGAGAUGGUGAGUGACCUGGAUGACGAAGCAGGGUCACCAACGGAAGAAUUCAAGGCCUUCACAGCGGACACGGGCAUGAACCGUAGCCAAUCGGAAUACUGCAACGUGGGUUCGAAGACCUACCUGACCAAUCAUCCGGCCAAGAAGUAUGUGUUUGACUUCAUGAAGGUGCUGAUCAUGGACAACCUGUGUCUGACUCCGGCCAACAAACAGACGUCCACCAUAGACCUACUGUUAGAGGCGUCCCCAGAGCGCUCCACCAGGACUCAGCAGAAAGAGUUCCAGUCCCACAUCCUGGACUCUGUCAUGGAACACCUGCUGGCUGCUGAUGUCCUCCUAGGUGAGGAUGCAUCCUUGCCCAUCACCAUUGGAGGGAGCUACCAGGUGCUGGUGAACAACGUGUUCUACUUCACACAGCGCGUGGUGGACAAGCUGUGGCAGGGCAUGUUCAACAAGGAGUCCAAGAUGGUGGUGGAGUUUAUAGUGCAGCUUAUAGGACAGUCCAAGAGGAGGUCGCAGAGUCUGUCUCUGGACUCUCUCUACCACUGUCUGAACCGUACGGUCCUGUACCAGCUGUCUCGACCUCACAAGACCGUACCUCAGCAGGUAGCUCUGCUGGACUCUCUACGGGUGUUGACCGUCAACCGUAACUUGGUACUGGGACCGGGCAACCACGACCAGGAGUUUGUAGCCUGUCUGGCUCACUGCUUCAUCAACCUGCACGUUGGGAGUAGUGUGGAGGGUUUUGGUUUGGAGGCAGAGGCUCGUAUGACCACCUGGCACGUCAUGAUGCCCGCUGAGAAUGGACCUGAUAACAGACACAGCCAGGAAGUUAGCGAAGGUCGCCAACUGCUGCUGAAGGCAGUAAACCGUGUGUGGACAGAGCUGAUGCACAGCAAAAGACCCAUGUUGGAGGACAUCUUUAAGGUGUCCCUCCCCACCAACGACAGAGGACAUGUAGAUAUCAGCACCGCUCGGCCUGCCCUGGAGGAACCUGCCCUGAAGAGCUGGCAGAACCACCUGGUCCAUGAGAAGAAGUGUAUUAGCAGAGGGGAGUCGGUGGCUCCGGCCAGCCAGUCCAAGCUGUCUCGGGUCAGUAGUGGUUUUGGUCUGUCCAAGUUGACCGGCGCUCGACGCAACAAGAAGGAAAACUCCCUGAACAAGAACAACCUUUCUGCACAGGAGACGUUCCAGUGGAUGUUCACCCACAUAGCGGUGGUCAGGGACCUGGUGGCCAUGCAGUAUAAAGAGUACCAGGAGAGGCAGCAGAAUGUCCUAAAAUACGUGACAGAGGAGUGGUCGUCUAUAGAGUAUGAGCUGCUGAGAGAGCGGGGCCUCUGGGGGCCCCCCAUCGGAUCCCACCUGGACAAGUUCCUACUCGAGAUGACCGAGGGGCCCUGUCGCAUGAGGAAGAAGAUGGUCCGCAACGACAUGUUCUACAUUCAUUAUCCAUAUGUCCCCGAGCCUGAACCCAGCACUAAUGGCCAAGUACAGAAGCCGGUGCGUUACCGCCGAGCGAUAAGCUACGACAGUAAGGAGUACUACAUGAGACUGCUGUCAGGGAACCCUGGGAUGUAUCAGCACUCCGUAGAGCAGGACACUGAGGGAGAGACCACUCAGCAUGAACCUGGAGAGGUGCACGGAGAGGACACCAUCGCCAGAGUCAAAGGUCUGGUGAAGGCCCCUCUGAAGAGGUCACGCUCCACCACGGACAGAGCCGAUGAAGAACAAGACCUGCUCCAGGAACAGAUCUUAGAGUCAGGAGGUCUGGAUGAGGAACAGAGGACAGACAACACGUCACUGCUACGACUACUGGAGGAGGGAGAGAAGAUCCAACACAUGUACCGGUGUGCGCGGGUGCAGGGUCUGGACACUAGCGAGGGGCUGCUCCUGUUUGGGAAGGAGCACUUCUAUGUCAUCGACGGUUUCACCAUGACCGUCAGCAGAGAGAUCAGAGACAUCGAGACGCUGCCCGCCAAUCUUCAUGAGACCAUCAUCCCCAGAGGUGCGAGGCAGGGUCAGAGCCAGCUGAAGAGGACCUGUAGCAUCUUCGCUUACGAGGACAUUAAGGAGGUCCACAAGAGACGAUACCUGCUGCAGCCCAUGGCUGUGGAGGUGUUCUCAGGAGAUGGGAGGAACUAUCUGCUGGCCUUCCAGAAGGGAGUCCGUAACAAGGUGUACCAGAGGUUCCUCGCCGUGGUACCCUCUCUGGCUGACAGCUCAGAGUCCGUCUCGGGACAAAGGCCCAACACCAGCGUAGAGCAGGGGUCUGGGCUACUCAGCACUCUGGUAGGAGAGAAAUCUGUCACCCAAAGAUGGGAGCGUGGAGAGAUCAGUAACUUCCAGUAUCUGAUGCAUCUCAACACCCUGGCUGGUCGCUCCUACAACGACCUGAUGCAGUACCCGGUCUUCCCCUGGAUCCUGGCUGACUACGACUCUGAGGAGUUGGACCUCAACAACCCACGGACGUUCCGUAACCUGGCUAAACCAAUGGGAGCCCAGACAGACGACAGGCUGACCCAGUACAAGAAGAGGUUCAAGGACUGGGAGGACCCUACCAGUGAGACCCCGGCGUAUCACUACGGUACACACUACUCCUCAGCCAUGAUCGUGGCGUCCUACCUGAUCCGCAUGGAACCUUUCACUCAGAUCUUUCUCAGGCUUCAGGGAGGUCACUUUGACCUGGCUGACAGAAUGUUCCACAGCGUGCGUGAGGCCUGGCUCUCUGCCUCCAAACACAACAUGGCUGACGUCAAAGAGCUCAUCCCUGAGUUCUUUUACCUGCCGGAGUUCAUGCUCAACUCUAACAACUUUGACCUAGGUGCCAAACAGAAUGGGAUUCGACUAGGAGACGUCCUUCUGCCUCCAUGGGCCAAGGGAGACCCCCGAGAGUUCAUCAGAGUACAUCGACAGGCUCUGGAGUGUGACUACGUAUCGUCCCACCUCCACGAGUGGAUCGACCUGAUCUUUGGCUUCAAGCAGCAGGGCCCUCCUGCGGUGGAGGCGGUCAAUGUGUUCCACCACCUGUUCUACGAGGGCCAGGUGGACAUCUACAACAUCAAUGACCCCCUCAAGGAGACCGCCACCAUCGGGUUCAUCAACAACUUCGGACAAAUCCCCAAACAGUUGUUUAAGAAGCCCCACCCUCCAAAGCGUGUACGUAGUAAGUCUAACGGGGAGAUGGCGGGGGGCGUGCCCGUCUCUCUCUCCUCAACCACUGACAAGAUCUUCUUCCAUCAUCUGGACAACCUCAGACCCUCGUUAGCCCCCGUCAAAGAGCUGAAGGAGCCAGUGGGCCAGAUCGUGUGUACUGAGAAGGGCAUUCUGGCUGUGGAGCAGAAUAAAGUCGUCCAGCCUCCUGUCUGGAACAAGACCUUUGCCUGGGGUUACGCUGAUCUCUCCUGCAGACUGGCCAACUACGAGUCCGACAAGGCGGUGGUGGUGUAUGAGUGUCUGUCAGAGUGGGGUCAGAUCCUGUGUGCCAUCUGCCCCAACCCCAAGCUGGUCAUCACUGGGGGAACCAGCACUGCCAUCUGUGUCUGGGAGACGGGCACAUCCAAGGAGAGGGCCAAGACCCUCACACUCAAACAGGCGUUGCUGGGCCAUACAGACACAGUAACCUGUCUGACAGCCUCGUCAGCGUAUCACAUCCUGGUGUCUGGUUCUCGAGACAGGACCUGCAUUAUCUGGGACCUCAACAAACUGUCCUUCGUCACACAGCUCAGAGGACACAGGGCCCCAGUCUCCGCCCUUUGCAUCAACGAACUCACGGGAGACAUAGUGUCUUCGGCGGGCACCUACAUCCAUGUGUGGAGCAUCAACGGCAGUCCCAUAGCCAGCGCCAACACCUUCACAGGUCGCUCACAGCAGAUCCUCUGUUGCUGCGUGUCAGAGAUGAACGAAUGGGACACGCAGAACGUCAUCGUCACCGGACACUCCGACGGCGUCGUCAGGUUCUGGAGGAUGGAGUUCCUACAAGUCCCAGAAACCCCUGCUCCAGAGCCCAUCGAGCCCCCUGAUGUAACUGACUGCUGUACAGAGGACAAGCUGGCAGAGGGACCCGAGAGCCAGAACGCUGACGAAGACAGCAGCGAAUCAGACGGAGACGAGCCCUGCCUCAGCACAGAGUCCAAACCCUCCCCUCUGCCCAACGCUGCAGCUGGGGGAGGAGCUGGAUCGGUUGGGGGAGGAUCAGGCAGCCAACCAGGCAGCACCGUCCACAGACCCAAAGUUCCUAGGGGUCCCAGUGUCCCCGGGGGUCGGCCAGGGGCCUCCUGGUCAGUGGACAGCGGGUCAGAUGACUCCCGGCGCUGGUCAGACACCCUCAGCCUGGACGAGAAGGACGGCUUUGUGUUCGUCAACUACUCCGAGGGACAGACGGGACAGACACCCCUCAGACCAGGGGUCCACCCUCACCCCCAGCUUCACCCUCCGCACCCCAUAGCAGGCCAUGGGGGGGUCCCCCAGCCCGUACACCCCACCACCAUGGAGGCACGGCCCUACAACCAGCUCAGAGCAGGCUACAGAUGGGAGCGGCAGCUGGUGUUCCGUAGUAAACUGACCAUGCACACUGCAUUCAACCGGAAGGACAACGCUCACCCAGCCGAGAUCACAUCCCUCGCCAUCUCCAAAGACCACAGUAAGAUCCUGGUGGGUGAUGGUCGUGGCAGAGUGUUCAGCUGGUCGGUGAGUGACCAGCCUGGUCGUUCUGCUGCUGACCACUGGGUGAAGGACGAGGUUGUGGACAGCUGUUCUGGCUGUGCCGUACGUUUCUCCCUCACAGAGAGACGUCACCACUGCAGGAACUGUGGACAGCUCUUCUGUCAGAAGUGUAGUCGUUUCCAGUCUGAGAUCAAGCGUCUGAAGAUCUCAUCCCCGGUGAGGGUCUGUCAGAACUGUUACUAUAACCUGCAGCACGAGCGCAGCGCCGAAGACGGAUGCAGAAACUAACCAGGGUCCUCGGUCCCACACCACUACAGCGGAAAGCCUAUGUUGUGCCCGUUCUCUCUCUCGCACACCCCCCCCCCCACACACACACACCUCCCCCAAAAAUACCCCACCUGUGCACCCCUCUACACACACCUGUCCAGUAACCACAUGUAACGCACUGAAUGACGCAGACUAAAAGGGAUCACCGAUUUGAACUGUGGCGAUUGUUUCCGUAACUGUGGUAGUUAGUUUAGUAUGAAGAAGACUGGGGGGGGGUGGAUGGAUGGAUAGAGAAAAGCCUAUCAAAUAGAGAGAGAAGAGUGUGAGGAGAGUUCGUUAAAACAAUCUCAUUUCUCGCUUUCUUUCACAGUCACAAAAUAAAACGCUGACCCUCGGCUCUAUCCUCCGUGUAUCACCAUUAGAUCUUAGAGACCAACAGGAAACUCCUUCAGUUCAAAACUUGUUUAUAUUGUAAAUACUUAACAUUGACCUUUUUAACGAGCAGGAGGGGGGAGAGAGAAAAAAAAACGGAGAAAAUAAUUAUAUUAAUGGUUGUUGAGGACAAAACAAGUGAUUGUGACUAAUCAUUCCCAGCUUUAAAAACUAAAGGCAUGUGCGUAAUGUUAGUCUACGGAAGCCCAGAAGGAAUGAGAACUGCUACGUUCCAAGUGGCACCCUAUUCCCUACGUAGCGCACUACUUUUGACCAGAGUCCUAUGAGAAUAGGGUGCAAAGAGCAAGUCCACUAUAGAGAAUUAGGGACGCUAAUUUGGGAUGUGGAUGAUGAUAAUGACGGGGGGGGGGACUAUGAAUGUUAUAAUAAUAGUAGUAAGUGUUUGUGGGUUGACAUUACAGUUUCUAGUUAUGCAAUGACUUCUUCAUCUCUUUUUACAUGUUGUUUUAUUACAAUGUGUGAGUUUGAUGUGUGAGUUGCCCACAGUGUCCAGCCACUGCCAUUAAAGUGAGAUCGCGUCAUGUCUUUUCUUUUCUUCUUCGACAAAUUGUUUCGAUAUAUAUAUAUAUCUCACGCUGAGUAGUAUGUAUGAUGAGCUAACCGUGUCUGUCUUUUAUCUACCAUGCAGGCUUCAGUUUGGAACACGUAACCCCCCCCCGCCCCUCCCCCACCAAACAGUUUAGUUCCCAGAUUAUGUUAUUGUUGUUGUUUUUAUCAAGACUGGAGAAAAUAUCAUAUCAAAUCAAAUGUUAUUUAUUUAUUUGUCACAUGCGGCGAAUACAACAGGUGUGGAUCUUACCGUGAAAUGCUCAAUUACAAGCCCCUUAACUAAACAAUACAGUUUUAAGAAAAAAAAUAAGUGUCAAGUAAAAGAAUUGUUAAGUUUUAAAAAUAAUUAAAAGUAACAAAUAAUUAAAGAGCAGCAGUACAAUAACAAUAGCGGGGCUUUAUACAGGAGGUACUGGGUCAAUGUGGAGGCUAUAUACAGGAGGUACUGGGUCAAUGUGGAGGCUAUAUACAGGGGGUACUGGGUCAAUGUGGAGGCUAUAUACAGGAGGUACUGGGUCAAUGUGGAGGCUAUAUACAGGAGGUACUGGGUCAAUGUGGAGGCUAUAUACAGGGGGUACCGGUACAGAGUCAAUGUGGAAGGCUAUAUAUAGGGUGUUACAGUACAGAGUCAAUGUGGAGGCUAUAUACAGGGGGUACCGGUACAGAGUCAAUGUGGAGGCUGUAUACAGGGGGUACCGGUACAGAGUCAAUGUGGAGGCUAUAUACAGGGGGUACCGGUACAGAGUCAAUGUGCGGGGGGCACCGGUUAGUGGAGGUAAUUGAGGUAAUAUGUACAUGUAGGUAGAGUUAUUAAAGUGACUAUGUGUAGAUAAUAAACAGUUCGGUUUCUAGGCUUUCCUUCCCGUUACCAUAGCAAUAUUUAUUUGAUACCUCCGUUGAUCUGUGGUCUCCAUAGGACAUUACUAGUUUUUCACCUAGAGGUAAAUCAUCAUGGGUUCAUCAUCUGAAAUAGAAUAUAGAGAAUAUACACAAUAUAUGUGUGAUAGAUUCAUCUGUUUUGAUCACAUCUCAUUGCUGCAUUGCUCUUGCUAUGCUACUGUAGUUGCUGUAUUGUAGAGAUAGUGUAUAGCAUUAGUGUACGGCGACCUCUGCUCCCCCCGUCUAGGUCAGGACCUCUGCUCCUCCCCGUCUAGGUCAGGACCUCUGCUCCCCCCGUCUAGGUCAGGACCUCUGCUCCUCCCGUCUAGGUCAGGACCUCUGCUCUACCCGUCUAGGUCAGGACCUCUGCUCCUCCCGUCUAGGUCAGGGCCUCUGCUCCUCCCGUCUAGGUCAGGGCCUCUGCUCCUCCCGUCUAGGUCAGGACCUCUGCUCUACCCGUCUAGGUCAGGACCUCUGCUCCUCCCGUCUAGGUCAGGACCUCUGCUCCCCCCGUCUAGGUCAGGACCUCUGCUCCUCCCGUCUAGGUCAGGACCUCUGCUCUCCCCGUCUAGGUCAGGACCUCUGCUCUCCCCGUCUAGGUCAGGACCUCUGCUCCUCCCGUCUAGGUCAGGACCUCUGCUCCUCCCGUCUAGGUCAGGACCUCUGCUCCUCCCGUCUAGGUCAGGACCUCUGCUCCUCCCGUCUAGGUCAGGACCUCUGCUCCUCCCGUCUAGGUCAGGACCUCUGCUCCUCCCGUCUAGGUCAGGACCUCUGCUCCUCCCGUCUAGGUCAGGACCUCUGCUCCUCCCGUCUAGGUCAGGACCUCUGCUCCUCCCGUCUAGGUCAGGACCUCUGCUCCUCCCGUCUAGGUCAGGACCUCUGCUCCUCCCGUCUAGGUCAGGACCUCUGCUCCCCCCGUCUAGGUCAGGACCUCUGCUCUCCCCGUCUAGGUCAGGACCUCUGCUCCUCCCGUCUAGGUCAGGACCUCUGCUCCUCCCGUCUAGGUCAGGACCUCUGCUCCUCCCGUCUAGGUCAGGACCUCUGCUCCUCCCGUCUAGGUCAGGACCUCUGCUCCUCCCGUCUAGGUCAGGACCUCUGCUCCUCCCGUCUAGGUCAGGACCUCUGCUCCUCCCGUCUAGGUCAGGACCUCUGCUCUACCCGUCUAGGUCAGGACCUCUGCUCCUCCCGUCUAGGUCAGGACCUCUGCUCCUCCCGUCUAGGUCAGGACCUCUGCUCUACCCGUCUAGGUCAGGACCUCUGCUCCUCCCGUCUAGGUCAGGACCUCUGCUCUCCCCGUCUAGGUCAGGACCUCUGCUCCUCCCGUCUAGGUCAGGACCUCUGCUCCUCCCGUCUAGGUCAGGACCUCUGCUCCUCCCGUCUAGGUCAGGACCUCUGCUCCUCCCGUCUAGGUCAGGACCUCUGCUCCUCCCGUCUAGGUCAGGACCUCUGCUCUACCCGUCUAGGUCAGGACCUCUGCUCCCCCCGUCUAGGUCAGGACCUCUGCUCCUCCCGUCUAAGUGAAUGAGAAAGAGUAGCAUUACACUAAUUUAUACAUUGAUUCUAAUAUGGAGAGCUAUGGAAUAGCUGCAGUAGAACUAGAGAUGAGACCCAGUUAACCAGAGAGUCCUAUGGAAUAGCUGCAGUAGAACUACAGAUGAGACCCAGUUAACCAGAGAGUCCUAUGGAAUAGCAGUGGUAGAACUAGAGAUGAGACCCAGUUAACCAGAGAGUCCUAUGGAAUAGCUGCAGUAGAACUAGAGAUGAGACCCAGUUAACCAGAGAGUCCUAUGGAAUAGCUGCAGUAGAACUAGAGAUGAGACCCAGUUAACCAGAGAGUCCUAUGGAAUAGCUGCAGUAGAACUACAGAUGACACCCAGUUAACCAGAGAGUCCUAUGGAAUAGCAGCGGUAGAACUAGAGAUGAGACCCAGUUAACCAGAGAGUCCUAUGGAAUAGCUGCAGUAGAACUAGAGAUGAGACCCAGUUAACCAGAGAGUCCUAUGGAAUAGCUGCAGUAGAACUACAGAUGAGACCCAGUUAACCAGAGAGUCCUAUGGAAUAGCUGCAGUAGAACUACAGAUGAGACCCAGUUAACCAGAGAGUCCUAUGGAAUAGCAGCGGUAGAACUAGAGAUGAGACCCAGUUAACCAUAGUCCUAUGGAAUAGCUGCAGUAGAACUACAGAUGAGACCCAGUUAACCAGAGUCCUAUGGAAUAGCUGCAGUAGAACUAGAGAUGAGACCCAGUUAACCAGAGUCCUAUGGAAUAGCUGCAAUAGAACUACAGAUGAGACCCAGUUAACCAGAGUCCUAUGGAAUAGCUGCAGUAGAACUACAGAUGAGACCCAGUUAACCAGAGAGUCCUAUGGAAUAGCUGCAGUAGAACUAGAGAUGAGACCCAGUUAACCAGAGUCCUAUGGAAUAGCUGCAAUAGAACUACAGAUGAGACCCAGAUAACCAGAGUCCUAUGGAAUAGCUGCAGUAGAACUACAGAUGAGACCCAGUUAACCAGAGAGUCCUAUGGAAUACCUGCAGUAGAACUAGAGAUGAGACCCAGUUAACCAGAGAGUCCUAUGGAAUAGCAGCGGUAGAACUAGAGAUGAGACCCAGUUAACCAGAGAGUCCUAUGGAAUAGCUGCGGUAGAACUAGAGAUGAGACCCAGUUAACCAGAGAGUCCUAUGGAAUAGCAGCGGUAGAACUAGAGAUGAGACCCAGUUAACCAGAGAGUCCUAUGGAAUAGCUGCAGUAGAACUACAGAUGAGACCCAGUUAACCAGAGUCCUAUGGAAUAGCUGCAGUAGAACUAGAGAUGAGACCCAGUUAACCAGAGUCCUAUGGAAUAGCAGCGGUAGAACUAGAGAUGAGACCCAGUUAACCAGAGUCCUAUGGAAUAGCUGCAGUAGAACUACAGAUGAGACCCAGUUAACCAGAGAGUCCUAUGGAAUAGCUGCAGUAGAACUAGAGAUGAGACCCAGUUAACCAGAGAGUCCUAUGGAAUAGCUGCAGUAGAACUACAGAUGAGACCCAGUUAACCAGAGAGUCCUAUGGAAUAGCUGCAGUAGAACUACAGAUGAGACCCAGUUAACCAGAGUCCUAUGGAAUAGCUGCAGUAGAACUACAGAUGAGACCCAGUUAACCAGAGUCCUAUGGAAUAGCUGCAGUAGAACUACAGAUGAGACCCAGUUAACCAGAGUCCUAUGGAAUAGCUGCAGUAGAACUACAGAUGAGACCCAGUUAACCAGAGAGUCCUAUGGAAUAGCUGCAGUAGAACUAGAGAUGAGACCCAGUUAACCAGAGUCCUAUGGAAUAGCUGCAGUAGAACUACAGAUGAGACCCAGUUAACCAGAGUCCUAUGGAAUAGCUGCAGUAGAACUACAGAUGAGACCCAGUUAACCAGAGUCCUAUGGAAUAGCUGCAGUAGAACUACAGAUGAGACCCAGUUAACCAGAGAGUCCUAUGGAAUAGCUGCAGUAGAACUAGAGAUGAGACCCAGUUAACCAGAGAGUCCUAUGGAAUAGCUGCAGUAGAACUACAGAUGAGACCCAGUUAACCAGAGUCCUAUGGAAUAGCUGCAGUAGAACUACAGAUGAGACCCAGUAGUGUGUGUUAGUGAGAGAUAAUCUAAAAUGUUCUAGGUGUUUUACAUCUACUAAGAUGAAAGCAAGUUAGGUUGUACAGUUGGGGAUACAAGGACAUAUAUAUUAGUUAUUUGACUGAGGACGAUCUCUGUAGGUCACAAGAAAAGCGAUUUGCUCGUCACAUUUCACUCAGAUGUCGUUAGCUAGCUACGUGGCGUAUGUUAGAGGUAGUUCUCGAUGUAUAUGUGAGGACCGUGAAAUGCGCUCAUAGUUUGUUUGUGGUCAUGAUUCGUCAUCGAUCUGCAUCCCUCCUCGUUCAUUCGUCGUGUUCUGUAUGUUGACGAUGCUGUGGGCAACAGUGCAUUGAAGUGCUGCUUUCUUUACUAGAAAUCACUUUUUAAUUUUUUACACUUUAUUUGAUUUUUUUUUGUAACUUUUUAUUUUUUUUGGAGAGUCUCUUCAGACAGGUAAAACACUUCGAGCUGUUACACAAGUGCAGUCAAUGAGUUGUUAAUGAUCGAUUACAGUGUGACGACCCCCCCCCCCCUCCCUCCGUGUAAUAUGCACUCUUAUUACUAUUGGUAAAUCACUCUAGGUAUGUACUGUAUCAUAACAGCCAGCUGAUAACAUGUCUGUUACUAAGCAACUUCAAAAUAAACCAGAUGUCUUAUUAUUGUUAUUAUUAUUAUUAUUCAUCUGAGCUCAUUAUUUCCACCUUCUCCAUGUACAAAAAUAAUAAAUAAUAACCAAACAAAAAAAGUUUAGAAAGGAAUACGAAUCAUGAUUUUUAUCGAAUGCAAAUUAUAUGUUGUCAGGCUAUCAUUUUUUUUUUUAAGAAAAGGGUGCAUUUCUUCUCCAGAGUGAAAUGAACUGUAUAAAGUAUUUAUGCAAAUAUUAACUGAGUUUCUCAUUAUUAUUUUUUAUGUCAGGAAGCUGUUACGUGUUGUGUGUGGAUUAACACAACUGAUUUUGUGUCCAGUUGCAUUGAACAUGUUUUAUUUGCAUUAUUAUUUUUGUUGUUUAUUUUUUGUUUUUGUGAUUUUUUUUUUUUUUUAACGCAUUGUCAGUCUUCUGAGUUUGUUUUUAAGCCAUUAUUAACCCCCGAAGCGAUAGGUCGGUGUACAGUUACGAUGGGAGUGCUGGAGAUGUACCCCAACUCUGGGUGGCCUUUUUCUAUUCUUUAUGGAAGAAAAAAAAAAUAAGGACUGAUCAAAUUUUAAAUAAUGUAUUAUUUUUUGAUGGUCUUGUAUUAGACUGCAUUACUACAGUAUCUAGUGUGCAAUCUGUGAUGAUAGCUGAAUGUUCAUUGUGUAUAUGUGUUCAGUACAACAAUGAGAAGAACCGUAGAAUAACCCCUACAGAAACUGUAACAAUAAUACAAUAGAUCUGGUACGUAUAAUUUCAUUAAAUACUUGCUGUUUACCACCAAUUA